AUGUUAUAUCCCUGCGACCGAUGCGAAAAAAUUUGUCAGACCUUAAGCGCUUUAAAACUACAUUAUCGACGACACGAUCCAAACGCCAAGCCGUUUAAGCCUAAAGUGUGGAAGCAUAAAUUAAAAAAUAACGAUAAAAAUCCAAAUAACCGUAACAAUAUAGUCUGUGACGUGACAAAGAGAUAUGUCAAACCUAAACCGAUAACAAACAAGCAUAGAUGCGACCCAGAACUGAUAAAAUUUUAUGAAAGCAAUAUAACGGGUGACAAUAUCGAGUUCUGGCAGUUUCUUAAAAUAUACAAUCGAAUGACUAGAGAAAAUAUUAAAGAUUUUUCGGAUUUAAAAAAUAGAACUGAUUUCGGAAUCCAACCAGUUUCAGAUGUGACGAGUGGAACUGAUAACUUUAAUUACAAAAUAACUAAAGAUGUUGGUAAAAAGAAAAGGAAACCACAAUUAAAAGUCCUACGACAUAUCUUAAUAAGCAAGAAAGAGUAUAAGAAAAGAAAUGAAAUUAAAGCAAGAUUAAGACAGAGUCUUGUAGUUAAGAGUAUAAUAAGCUAA